AUGACUCCGAGCCCGGCUCCAAGCGAGAAAGAGAAAGAUCUCGCUUCCAUUGCCCACGUCAACACCGUCUAUCCACCGAACCCAAUCGACCCGGUCCUUGAUGCCCGCGUGCGGCGAAAGCUCGACUAUCGCCUCCUCCCUAUUCUCACCCUAAUCUAUCUGUUCGCUUUCAUCGAUCGCUCCAAUGCCGGUAAUGCCCGCGUGCUCGGUAUGGGUGAAGAUUUGCAGCUUGACGGAUACCGCUUCAACAUCGGUCUCUCAGGCUUCUACGUAACGUACAUUCUACUCGAAGUCCCCGCAAAUAUCCUAUGCAAGAAAGUCGGCCCGAAAGUAUGGAUUCCGUUUCUAGCUUUCUCCUUCGGUGUGAUCACCAUGUGCAUGUCGACGGUCCAGAAUUAUCAAGGUUUCUUGGCCGCAAGGAUCUGUUUGGGGAUUUUUGAAGCGGGCAUCAUGCCUGGCAUUACGUAUACGUUGUCGUGUUUCUAUUGUAGGCACGAACUGGUAUCUCGUGUGGGGCUGUAUGCGAGUGUGGCGUCGUUAAGCGGUGCCUUUGGCGGCCUUCUCGCAAGUGGCCUGACAAAGAUCCCACAAUGGGGCAUUAUCCACAGCUGGCGCAACAUCUUCUUCUUCGAAGGCAUCAUCUCCAUCGUCUUGGGAGUCGUCGGCUUCAUCAUUCUCCCGUCGUCCCCGGAAACAGCAUACUUCCUCCCCGAGGCCGAGCGACAAGUCGCCAUCACACGAAUCAAUCGCGACCUUAAAAGUCAGAAAGUCGAAGAAUUGAAUAUGCGCUACUUCAAGCGUGCGCUGUUGAAUCUCAACACGAUCUUGAUAGCUUUAGCCUCGUUCUGUUCGCUGCUCACCAUGAAUUCGAUGGCGCUCUUUGUCCCCUCACUCCUCGCUGCAAUGGGGUACAGCGGCAUCCACAGCCAACUUCUCUCUGUGCCGCCGUAUGCAUGGGCGGCGUGCGUCUGCGUGACGGUGACGUUUCUCUCGGACCGUACGAAGCGACGGGGUGUAUGGAUUCUGAUCGUCAUGCCAUUCACGGCCACGGGCUUUAUCAUCUUACUCACGGUCCACGUUGUAGGAGUACGAUACUUCGCUCUUUUCCUGUGUUUGACAGGCGCAUUCACCGCGUCACCUAUGUUCGUUGCUUGGGUCGUCGAUAACUCCGCUGGGCACACUACACGGGCCAUUGUCGCGGCUACUGUCGUCGGGUUCGGGAACAUCGGUGGCAUCCUGGCUACUUGGACAUAUACCUUGCCGGACGCGCCGAAGUAUACUAAAGGACACGCGCUGAAUUUGGGAUUUGCAUGCCUUUGUCUCGUGAUCGUGGCGGCAGCAAUAGCUAGUUUGAAGCGAGAGAACAACAUCAAGGCAUGUGGUGGGCGGGAUGAUCGAGUUCGAGGUUUGACGGAAGAUGAGACGGCGGAUCUGGGCCAUUUGCACCCGGAGUUUAAGUUUACGUUGUAG